AUGGCACCUGUGACUAGUAAACAAAAUAAGAACAAAAAACGUGCUAAUAGAAUUGAAGAUUCUUCAGAAUCAAUUUCUAAGAAAGCUAAGAUAUCUAUCGAAUCUUCUGAUGAAGAAGAUCAAUUAGAUCAAGUAUCUUCUUCUGGUAGUGACGAUGAUUUGGACGAGAUCAUGUCUUCUGAUGAUGACGAAGUUGAGAAAGACGAUGUCGAAGAAGACGAUGACGAAGAAGAAGAAGAAGAAGAAGGUGAUGAGGACAAGCCAUCCAAAGAAGCUGGUUCCUCUGAAUCAUCAAACAAUCACGGUGAACAAAGAAAGUUGUUGAAAGAAAGAAAAAUGCAAAGAAAGGCAGGUGCUGAAGUUCAACAUAUUAAAUCUUUAUGGGAAAGAUUGCGUGUUAAGAACCCACCUGUUCCAAAAGAAGUUAGAGAAAAAUUAUCUAAUGAAAUUUGGAGUUUAUCUGAAGAUUGUAUCAGUGAUUUAGUCUUAAAACAUGAUGCUUCGCGUGUUGUCCAAACUUUAGUCAAAUACUCUUCUAAAAGUCGUCGUGACCAAAUAGUCGAAGCUUUAAAAGGUAAGUUUUACCAUCUAUCCACUUCUGCUUAUGGUAAAUAUUUGUUAGUUAAAUUAUUGCAUUAUGGCUCUAGAAAUUCAAGACAAUUGAUCAUUGAUGAAUUACAUGGCUCCUUGAGAAAGUUAAUGAGACAUCGUGAAGGUGCUUAUGUUGUAGAAGAUUUAUUUGUUCUAUAUUCUACUCAUGAGCAAAGACAACAAAUGAUUAGAGAAUUCUGGGGUUCAGAAUAUGCUGUUUUCAGAGAAUCACACAAUGGUUUGAGUAUCGAAGCAGUUUGUGAAAGUAGUGUUGAAAAAAGAAACAUCAUUGCUAGGAACUUGAUUGGUACUAUCACUGCAUCUGUUGAAAAGGGUUCAGCUGGUUUCCAAAUCCUACAUUCUGCCAUGAAAGAAUAUGUCAAAAUCGCCAACGAAAAAGAAAUUUCUGAAUUCAUUGAAUUAAUCCAUGAACAAUUUGCCGAAUUAGUACACACCCCAGAAGGUGCUGAUGUUGCUUGUACUUUAAUUGCAAAGGCAAAUGCUAAGGAAAGAAAACAAAUUUUGAAAACUUUGAAAAACCACGUAGAAAGCUUGAUUAAAAAUGAAUACGGUAAUCUAGUAUUUACAACUGCAUUGUUAUGCAUCGAUGAUACUGUUCUGGUAUUCAAAACCUUCGGCUCUGCUGCUAAGGAACAUUUCACAGAAUUUAUCGUCGAUAAGUAUGGUAGAAGACCGUGGUUAUACAUUUUAUUAGGUUUAAGCGGUAAAUAUUUCUCUCCAAUUGUUAAGAAAGAUUUAGAUAGAUAUAUCAAGAUGUCAGAAGCCACUUCCAAAAAGCCUGCAUUACAAAGAAGACAUGAAUUAUUGAAGAAAUUUGCCCCAAUUUAUUUGAGUGAAAUUUCUAAAAAUUACUCUGACAUUUUAGCAGAAAACCUUGGUAGUCAAUUUGUUUCAGAAGUUUUAUUAAGUGAUGAACUAUUUGAACAAUUGAGUGAACAAGAUGUUCCUAACUUUGAAAAUGUCAUUAAUAGUAUAAUAACCGCAUUUAAAGGUGAUAUCAGUGAAGAAGACCAUCCAGUGCACAGACCAUUUUCUGGUAGAUUACUAAAAGGUUUGAUCCAAGGUGGUCAUUGGAACAACAAAGAAAAGAAAAUUGUAAAACUUGAAAAAGUUCAAGGGUUAGGUGCUGUUUUUGCAGAAAGAUUUUAUGAUGAUAUUAUAGAUUCAACUAAUUUACUUGAAUGGUGUAAUAAUCAAGACAGUUCUUUCAUUAUCGUGGCAUUAUAUGAAACCUUAAAAGGAACCCCAGAAGGUAAACAAUUUGUAAAAGACUUAUCCAAAGUUAAGAAGGAUAUCGAUACUUCAAAUGAAAACAAUAAGGGUGCUAACCUAUUGUUAAAAUUAUUGAAUUAA